AUGGCCACCAACACUUUCAACACCACACACUCUCUCCGGAGUCGCCGCCACUCAAUCGACUCCCCCCAGGCAGCCCCCGCCGCCCCCAAUCACUCAUCCCAUUCUCUCUUCCUCACACCAAAAUCCGCCGUCCGCCCUCUUUCCCACUCGGCCGCCGCCGCCGCCGCCUCCACCACCGCCAACCCCUCCACCUCCGGAGCAACCGGCAGCGGCGGCGUUUCUCUCGACCUCCUGGAGCAGUACCUGUCGUCAAAAAACUUCCGGCAGGCAGACGAGGAGACCCGGCGGCUUCUAAUCGCCCUCGCCGGCGAGGCAGCAAUUCGGCGCGGGUACGUGUUCUUCUCGGAGGUUCAAUUCAUCCUCGCCGGGGAUCUCCGGGCCAUAGACGGGCUGUGGCGCGAGCACAGCAAGGGGCGGUACGGGUACAGCGUGCAGCGGCGGAUCUGGAAGAAGGCAAAAGGGGAUUUCACGCGCUUCUUCAUAAGGGUCGGGUGGAUGAAGAAGCUGGAGGGAUGCGAGGUGGAGCAGUACAAUUACAGGUCGUUCCCGGGGGAGUUCAUAUGGGACCCACCGGAGGAGGAGGAGGAGGAGGGUGUCGCCCACGCGCCCGAGGGGCACCUGCCACUCACGAACGCGCUCAGGGGGACACGAUUGCUGGAGAGCAUCCUCACCCAUCCGGCAUUUGAUGAUGAUGAUAAUGAUGAUGACGAUGAUGGCGAUGAUGACGAGAAGAUGAUGAGGAAGGCUGUUGGGAAGCCUUUAAUUGGGUUUAAACCCAACUACACCUUUUGA